GUGGGUGGGGGAGCGCUCAGCCAGCCCUGCAGGGCGAGCAGUCCAGCCGUGGUUCACCGGAGCUUAAGCCUUGCAGCAGGAGAACUUCCAUCUCGCUCUUCUGGCUUUGAUCCUCACUGUACAUCAGACCAGAGGCGCCGAAGGGAGGGAGGAUGCGAGAUGACCGGCCCUCUGGCAACCUGACCAUCUCCUUAGCAGAGCCUUCGAAAGCCAGCCGGAGACUGACUGCACAAGCAAGGAGGCGCCGCGCCUCUGUGGAUGUGUGUGUGUAUGUGUGUGUGUGUGUGGGUGGGUGGGUGAGCGGGUGUGAGUGAGUGAGUGAGAGUGUGUGUGUGUAUGUGUGCGUGUGCAUCACGACUGUGUGUGUGUCGGUUGAGUGCGAGAGUGCACGCGUGAGUGUGUUUGUGUGCAUGUGUGUGUGAUUGCUCUCAGUUAUUAUUUUUGUGGAAGAAAAAUCUUGAAAAUCUGGGGCAGGUUACUGUGCUCCUAGGGGCGGUAGUUCUUCUUUUGCAAGAGGAGCUGACCAGACCAAGCUACUAGAGACAUUUUUUUCGGCAAGUAAAGAGAAUUUUCCUCCCAGAACGAGAGGCAUUUUUCUCCCCGCUGGCUCUGCAGCCGAGUAAAAGAGAUUAGUCCCUAAACCCUGUGAAAUCGACUAGAGCCGAGUGAUUACCAGGGCUUGAGAGAGGACUGGGGAAGAAAAAGAGAAAUAAAUCAAACAGCCUGUCAGUGCCUUUGGCCACGUUGGAAGAUGUCAUCUCAAACUAAGUUCAAGAAAGACAAAGAGAUCAUUGCUGAAUAUGAAGCCCAAAUAAAAGAGAUCCGCACGCAGCUGGUGGAGCAGUUCAAAUGCCUGGAGCAGCAGUCCGAGUCGCGCCUGCAGCUGCUCCAGGACCUCCAGGAGUUCUUCCGCCGCAAAGCUGAGAUUGAGCUCGAGUACUCCCGCAGCCUGGAGAAGCUGGCCGAGCGCUUCUCCUCCAAGAUCCGCAGUUCCCGGGAGCACCAGUUCAAGAAGGACCAGUACCUCCUCUCACCCGUGAACUGUUGGUAUCUGGUCCUGCAUCAGACCAGGCGGGAGAGUCGAGAUCAUGCCACCCUCAACGACAUCUUCAUGAACAAUGUCAUCGUCCGCCUCUCACAGAUCAGCGAGGAUGUCAUCAGACUCUUCAAAAAGAGCAAGGAGAUUGGUCUGCAGAUGCAUGAGGAGCUCCUGAAGGUCACCAAUGAGCUCUACACAGUCAUGAAAACCUACCACAUGUACCACGCAGAGAGCAUCAGUGCAGAAAGCAAACUAAAGGAGGCCGAGAAGCAGGAGGAGAAGCAGUUCAACAAGUCUGGUGACCUCAGCAUGAACCUGCUCCGACACGAGGACCGGCCCCAGCGCCGCAGCUCUGUGAAGAAAAUUGAGAAAAUGAAGGAGAAGAGGCAGGCAAAGUAUUCUGAGAACAAGCUGAAAUGCACAAAGGCCCGGAAUGACUACUUGCUGAAUCUGGCGGCCACCAACGCAGCUAUCAGCAAGUACUACAUCCAUGACGUCUCCGACCUAAUCGACUGCUGUGACUUGGGCUUUCAUGCAAGCCUGGCCCGCACCUUCCGGACCUACCUCUCAGCCGAGUACAACCUGGAGACCUCUCGCCACGAGGGGCUGGAUGUCAUCGAGAACGCGGUAGACAACCUGGACUCCCGAAGCGACAAGCACACUGUCAUGGACAUGUGCAACCAGGUCUUCUGUCCUCCACUCAAGUUUGAGUUCCAGCCCCACAUGGGGGAUGAGGUUUGCCAGGUCAGCGCUCAGCAGCCCGUCCAGACGGAAUUGCUCAUGCGGUACCACCAGCUGCAGUCCAGACUGGCCACUCUCAAGAUAGAGAAUGAGGAGGUUAGAAAAACCCUGGAUGCCACCAUGCAGACCUUACAGGACAUGCUGACUGUGGAGGACUUUGAUGUUUCUGACGCCUUCCAACACAGUCGAUCUACAGAGUCUGUGAAGUCGGCUGCCUCUGAGACCUACAUGAGCAAGAUCAACAUUGCCAAAAGGAGGGCCAACCAGCAAGAAACAGAAAUGUUUUAUUUUACGAAAUUUAAAGAAUAUGUGAAUGGCAGUAACCUCAUCACUAAGCUACAGGCCAAGCAUGACUUACUCAAGCAGACCCUGGGUGAAGGGGAGAGAGCAGAAUGCGGCACAACCAGCAGAAGAGAUGGAAGGCUUAGGCUGCCCCACUUUCCUUGGCUGAGCUGCCCCCCUGCUCCCCACUUUGUGCCCCACCCAGCACUUCAAGGAAGAAGAAAUGCUCGAACCAGGAACCAGGUAUUUACUAGAAAGGAUUCAGGACAAGCUAUACCACUUGUAGUCGAGAGCUGCAUCCGGUACAUCAAUUUAUAUGGACUCCAGCAGCAAGGGAUCUUCCGAGUGCCAGGAUCUCAGGUUGAAGUCAACGACAUAAAAAAUUCUUUUGAAAGGGGUGAAGACCCCCUUGUGGAUGAUCAAAAUGAACGAGAUAUCAAUUCAGUCGCUGGUGUUUUAAAACUGUAUUUCCGAGGACUGGAAAAUCCACUCUUUCCUAAGGAAAGGUUUCAAGAUUUGAUAUCUACUAUUAAACUGGAGAACCCAGCUGAGAGGGUACACCAGAUCCAGCAAAUCCUCAUCACCCUUCCCCGCGUGGUCAUCGUGGUCAUGAGAUACCUCUUCGCUUUCCUCAACCACCUCUCGCAGUAUAGUGACGAGAACAUGAUGGACCCCUACAACCUGGCCAUCUGCUUCGGGCCCACCCUCAUGCACAUCCCUGAUGGGCAGGACCCUGUGUCCUGCCAGGCACACGUCAACGAAGUCAUCAAAACCAUCAUCAUUCAUCAUGAAGCCAUCUUCCCCAGCCCCCGGGAACUAGAGGGACCUGUGUAUGAAAAAUGCAUGGCUGGAGGGGAAGAAUAUUGUGACAGUCCACAUAGUGAGCCAGGGACUAUCGAUGAAGUUGACCAUGACAAUGGCACGGAGCCUCACACAAGUGAUGAAGAAGUGGAGCAGAUCGAGGCCAUCGCGAAGUUUGACUACGUGGGGCGGUCCCCGCGUGAACUGUCCUUCAAGAAGGGGGCCUCUCUGCUCCUGUACCACCGUGCCUCGGAGGACUGGUGGGAGGGUCGUCACAAUGGCGUGGAUGGACUCAUCCCACAUCAGUACAUAGUCGUACAGGACAUGGACGAUGCCUUCUCCGACAGCCUGAGCCAAAAGGCUGACAGUGAAGCCAGCAGUGGGCCGCUGCUGGAUGACAAGGCCUCCUCCAAAAACGACCUCCAGUCACCCACGGAGCACAUCUCGGAUUACGGCUUUGGGGGGGUGAUGGGCCGAGUGCGGUUACGAUCUGAUGGAGCGGCCAUCCCCAGGCGCCGAAGCGGGGGCGACACACACAGCCCGCCCCGGGGCCUGGGCCCCAGCAUAGACACGCCGCCCCGGGCUGCCGCCUGCCCCAGCAGCCCCCACAAAAUCCCCCUCACCCGGGGGAGGAUCGAGAGCCCCGAGAAGCGGAGGAUGGCGACAUUUGGGAGUGCCGGCAGCAUCAACUACCCUGACAAGAAGGCUCUCUCCGAAGGGCACUCGAUGAGGUCGACAUGCGGCUCCACCAGGCACAGCAGCCUGGGGGACCACAAGUCCCUGGAGGCUGAGGCCCUGGCAGAAGACAUCGAGAAGACCAUGAGCACGGCUCUGCAUGAGUUGCGGGAGCUUGAGAGACAGAACACGGUCAAGCAGGCGCCAGAUGUGGUGCUGGACACCCUGGAGCCCCUGAAAAACCCGCCGGGCCCCAUCAGCUCAGAGCCCGCCAGCCCCCUGCACACCAUCGUCAUCCGCGACCCCGAUGCCGCCAUGCGCCGCAGCAGCAGCUCGUCCACUGAGAUGAUGACCACCUUCAAGCCAGCGCUGUCCGCCCGUCUGGCCGGCGCCCAGCUGCGCCCGCCCCCCAUGCGGCCCGUGCGGCCGGUGGUCCAGCAUCGCUCCAGCAGCAGCAGCAGCUCGGGCGUGGGCAGCCCGGCCGUCACGCCCACGGAGAAGAUGUUCCCCAACAGCUCCGCGGACAAGUCGGGCACCAUGUGACCUCUAGGACGGGGCGGCACCGCCCGGGCCCACCGUGGCCCGCCGUGGCUGAGGGCGGCCUCUGUGACUUCCGCGGCCUUCCCAGUGCCCCUGCUCUUGUCGGGUGGGGACCAGAAGGUCCGCCUGGAAGUGCGUCUGUGCAGAGCUGAGGCCCAGGCACUGGCCGCAGCUCACGUUCAGCCAUGUGAAUCCCGCAGACCUCCCGUGUGUAAGCAGGCGCCCAGAGGGGUGCAGGUGCAGGAGCAGGAGGCCCCACUAGAGCAUCUCCUACGAUUGGGGCAAAAUGUUAAACGGCUUCCCCGCAUAUGGUCACUGGAAAAUGAUUCUCUCCACAUUCUCUCUACAUACAUAAAUAUGUGUGUAUAUAUAUGUGUGCAUAUAUACACACAUACAUGUAUGUAUAUGUCUGUAGGUGUGUGUAUAUAUAUAUAUUUAUGCAUCUAUAUACAUAUACUAGAUCUGGACACACAACUAAAUGUAUAUAGGAUCUCCUUUUUCUUUUUAUGAAACUUAGAUUUACCUCAGACCCAUGCCACCAAACACCUCCCGCUGAGUUACUUGGUGGGACUUGCAGGGACCUUUCUGGGAGAAGUUAGAGGCCUCAGUGACUGCGGAUGAAGCAAUACACCACUAACCUGCAGAAAAAUACACAAAAACAGUCUCCCACUGUCUCCAGAAGUCGUGGCCUUCCAGAACAGUCUGCCCCUCACAGAAGGGUGGGGCAGGCAGCACCCCAAGCAGGCUGCUCCUAGAGGUGGGGAACCCUUCACAGAACCCCCCGUCCACCCCAGAGACCCUGCCUUUCCACCCGGAGGCCAAGGGCCAACCGUACCCCCGAAGGCACGGGAGGACGUUGGCGAGAAGGCCCCUGACCACAGCAUCCUUGUGUUUGUAUGUAGAAAAAGGGGAUAGUGAGAACCUAAGCCCCAUUGCAGCACAGUGUUCUGUGUGGUUGGGAAAAAGGCAAAACAAAAACAAUGGUGUGGAACACUUCAAAGCCUAGACACGCUGUAGGAAUAAAGUAACUAUAGAGGUUUAACUUAUACCAUUUUCAAAAUAUUUAAUUUUUUCUUUUCUUCUUUCUACUAAUUAUACUGUGUCAGAUCUGGAACUAAACAGGCAAGGAGGCUUUCAGUCACAUCAUUUUAAUUUAAAAUCAGUCCGCGACCCACUUUGGCUGGUGCCCUCCUGCGUGAAAUGCAGGAACCUCACAGCAGGGGCCAAAGAGGGGCCAUCCUUGGCACUUUCUGUCCUAGAGAACACUUCCGUUGACAUCAUGCAAAUGAAAUGGCUUUCCUCUCUACCUUCCCUUCCCUUCCUAGCCCCUGCACUCCCGCCCUCCCCCCACCACCUCCAGAACAUUGGAUAUAAUUGAAAAUAUGGUGAUAGAACUGAGGUGAGUGAUUUUUAAGAAUUAGGAGCUAGACUUCUGCCUCUCAGCUGGGAAGAGGCCUUCUGGAUCACUCUUGUUCCAUUCCAUUUUACUUCCUCUUUUGAUCUUUUCAUUUUCCAGAGACAGCCUGUUUCUGGAUGAUGGGACGUAGGCGAACCACAUCCUAAGGGGACCACUUUUAUUCACCCCCUCAAGCCAAGGGUCUCCUCCUUGCUGUUCUCAAGUGUCCUCUCUUUCUCUGAGUGUAUCUCCAUGGCUGUGGUUUGGAGUCAAAAGUCCUGUGUUUGAGUUCCAGCCUCCACCUCUUAGGAACUGUGGGACUUUGGGCAUGUCACUUCACCUCACCGAGCCCCAGUUUCCUGCUCCGUAAAAUGAAGGGAAUAAAGAUAAAAUGUAGGUGAGCAAGUUCUGGAAGCCGGAAAGCACUGUGCCAACAUGGUUGCUCCUUUUAUUAUCAUUAGCAAGGUAAGUCUUUUAGAUAAACCCAUCCAGGAUCUUCCUUCUGAAGCCUCCUAAUGGCAUUUGAGAAGUGGGCGGUGGAAUUUUCCUAGUAAUUUCAUAAGAGCCCUGAAGCACAGCCCUACAGAAAAAUCACACACUGAUGCUUGAAAUUCUCUCAUUACCAUUUCACCCCAUUAGACUAAGUUUUGCCCUCUCCUCUAGUCCUCCAUAAAAAGAUAAAUACACCCUAGGGGGAGGGAUCUAGUAAGUCACUGAUAACCUGAGCGUGCAGUAGCGGUAAGCCAUUCUGUCUCAUCGGAAGCAUUGGCAGUGAGCACACCCAGUGGAAGGAAGAGUCAAGAAAGGGCGCAAAAAGUCCCAGAGAGAGGUCAAUGAUAAACAUCCUUGUUUUGCCUAAAACCGCAGAUUCUGUCUUAGCUCCUGGAAAUGAAAGAGUCUCGGAAGCAGCUAGGAGCCCCUCUGCCUUUGAGCAGAUGACUCUAACCCCAUUUUACAGCUUAGGGAGGAAAGCAAGGCCUUGGGAUGUGCUAUGGCUUGCCCAAGAUUUAACAGACGGCAGUGAGUGAGGGCCCUGUUGGGUGCUUGCCUGGGCGGAUGCUAUGCUCUCCGGCCAGGAGACAAGACUUCCCAUUUCUACCCCAGAGAUACUCCCAGACCUUAAACGUGGUCACCUCCUGUGCAAAAUGUCACAUCAUCCGACACGGCUACCCGAUGAGAAGCGAAAGUCUGAGUUGAACGUGUUGCCUGAUCUGUAGAACACCAGUCAGACCACGUGGAUAUUCCUAUAGAUUGAGUUUUUCCUUACUGAAAAUGGAUCUGUCUGCCUUUCACCAAGUUACCUGAAGGCGAGAGUCUUUGCGGUUUUCUUUUAAGUCCCUGGUUUUCCAUUGGGAAAUUGGCCGAUGAGUUCACAUGUAGGAAAGCUCACAGCCCACUCAUCCAGCCCCAGAUCUGACCCUUGAUGCAGAAGCAAGUGGAAAAAUGCUUUCCUGCACCACAACCCCCCUCCUUCCUCAUCUGGCGCUAUGCAUGUCUCCACCACCCUCCAUGCACACCCUGUCCCAUCCACAGUCACUGAGCAUCGCAGUCUCCUCCUGACUCCUGCCUGUGUUAGUCCACACUAUAUAUUGCUGUAUUUGCUUAAAUGCUGGAAAGUAACUGUUACAAUGUGAAACUGUAAUUUUUUAAAAAGGCUACAAUUAAAUUAUAGCCAAUGCCACUCACCAAAUCUUUGCACCUAGUAGAUAGAUCAAUGUAAAAAACAAAUACCAGAAACCUAACUGUACAGUGAGUGUGGGGGAAAUGUAGUAACCUAGUUAGUAGUCCUCAAUAUAACCAAUUGUACAAGGGGGAGUGGUGGUUACCUACUUGUUCAUCGCCAUUACUGAGAGCUGUACUGAUCAGUUCGUUGAUAACGGGCAUUUUUUUUUCCUUCUUCACAGAAUGAUUUGUUUUCUUAACCUUUGACUUACCCUGAGGUCAAGCCUUUUGUCUUUAUGUGUAACCGAUGUUUAGUCUAUUUUAGGAAUGAACCAGCAAGAUGUUCAUUUAAAACUGACCAAAGACAAUUCAUUCCUGGUCUAGUUUCCUGGGCCUUGGGGCCCAGCCGCCGCUAAAGACCUUUCUCCGAUAAAAUUGAGAACAAGCCGUGCUUCCUACCCUACUCUCCUUCUCUCCCUUUAUUCCCCUUUCCUCUUCAAGAGCUGCUCUGAGCUGUGGGAUUCUAUGAAAAAUUCUUGCCUUUCCUUGUUUUCAGUGCUAACGAUUUCUCACCUUGAAGCGCCUUUUGAACCCCGGACAGAGCGCACAACUGGAGGGAAUUGUAAGCUCGGGAAUUAGACUUGGGAGUCUUUUCUCCGAGGUCACCAGGCCGAGGGGCAGGAGAGAAACGGAUUCCCAAGGGAUGAAAGGUGUCUAUUCAACGAAGAAAUCUGAGUGGGAAGAGACACAGGGAAAUGGAGCCAUCGUUUGGCUACACUGGCUGGAACCAGCAGUUCAGAGAUCUGCCUUAUAAACACUUCAGAACUGGUUUGUGGUACACAAAGGGGAGCCAGUGUGGGGAAGGGCCUUUACAUGGGGCUUGCUUCUCUGUUGGAGUCCCCUGGAGUGCCUUGUUGGGUAUAUAUUUCUUUCUCAUUCAGGAGGCAUGAACGCAGAAGACUUCCCGUGGCCUGGUCGUUACUCGGCACUCCGCACACGUACACGGCUGAUGGAAAACCACAAGGACUAAUGUAAUGGUUCUUCCUCUCAGUCUUUCUAUUCCUAACUUUUCACACAUCCAGAUGGUUCCACACUAGAGCAAAUGCCUCAUUCUCCUGAGAAUCCCAGAAAGAAGAAUGGCUGGCUCACAACCAUGGUGGGAGGCCCUGUUGGGCUUGGGAGGACGGGCGGGGAGGAAAAGGCAGGAAGGGGUGAGCGAGGUGUUGCUUAGCUGAUUUUCUGCUAUGCAGAGCUAAUGCUGACGUUUCAUGUCAACUUCCCCGGUUCUCUGGGGUCUCCUCUCUUCUGAGCAGCCGUGUAGAGAAUUCCCCACAUACCCAAAGCUGCCCAGGGGAGCUGAGAGAAGGGACUUUGCUCUCAUGUCGGACUCCUCCCGGCUUCUCUGAGGUUGAUCUGCCAAUGUCCCGCUGUCCCAUCCUCUGGGACUGGCCAAAUGGCCACCGCUGCCCCUUGCCGACACCUCCUUUCUGUGUGAACUGUCCCAGGCAAAUAACAAAGCUGUUCCUUGAACCAGAGCAACCAGAGUGCACUUUGCCUUCCUUAGACGGAAGUAGAUUCUGGCUAGAGUUUCUGCUCAGGCUCUAGUUCCCGGCAGUGUGACUGUUUACACGGUUUGGCAAUAGAUUUGGUUCUGAUUGCUUCAGAGUGGCUGGUCAAUUUAGUUUCCUUUGGUUUCCUUCCUCCCCAAACUGUGUCAGGAAAAAACAAACCGAAAACAACCCUAGGAAAUUGCUGGUUGCCUGUCCCCAUGUGAUGAUAAGUGUUGCCCUCUUCCGGAUAUCGUUUCUCUACCUUACAACCAAACGCCCGUCCUAUAGAGUGUCUGUUGCGUAUUCUGAUGGUGCCUGCUGGUUUGACGUGGAGCUAUCCUGUGAAAUAAAACAGCUUAACUUUUCUCAAA